AUGUCCGUUACUCCUCUGAGCGCCUUGCGAGUUUCUAAACAUCAGAUCCCUGCCUUCACCGGCUUUCCCAACACAAGCAUUCAAGGCAAACCCUUGAUGAUAUAUCAUGCUGUUUUCUCCAACCCCACUCCAUCAAGUAUCGAGUCACACCUGAGAUCGGUCGGCGAGGUAUCUCCACAAUGGAGAUAUACCAUGUUCACUGAUUCUCAUUUCCAUUCCAGUACACAUGAGGUCUUGGCCAUUGCAUCCGGUUCGGCCAAAUGCUGUUUCGGCCACGAGCAAAACGAAUGUCGAAUAGAGCCAAUCCUCGAGAAAGGCGACGUCAUCAUCAUACCUGCGGGUGUUGGCCACCGUUUGCUCCAAGACUAUGGCGGUUUUCAGAUGGUGGGAAGUUAUCCCAAGGGCAAGCCGUGGGAUAUGUGUUACGGGCGUGCCGGCGAGGAAGAGCAAGUCAAAUCAAUUGUCAAUUUAGAAUGGUUCAAGAAGGACCCAGUCUAUGGCGAAGAUGGCCCAAGCUUGCACGUGUAA